UCUUUGUUCCGCAGGUGAGCCUUCGCCAUCAUGAACUACGUCCCAGCACCAGGCUAUAUGCCAACCUACAAUCCCCCUCUCCCAUGUUCGAAGCCCGUGCCUUAUGGACUGCGUGCUGGAAUGUCUGUCUAUGUUCAAGGGAUGAUACCCCACACUACUGACAGCUUCCGGGUGAACUUCACCAGCGGGAGCGACAUCGUCCUGCACUUCAACCCUCGCUUUAAAGGCCACGACUCGAUCGUCCUGAAUAGCUGCCACGGGGGCAAAUGGGGAAAGGAGGAACGCCAUAACAUGUCCUUGCAGCUGGGCCAGCACUUUGAGAUCAUCUUCAUCAUCAACAAUGACCAUUUCCAGAUCAUGGUGAACAGGAAUCCCUUCUGCGAGUUCAAGCACCGGAUGCCCAUAGAGCGGGUACAGGAGGUGAACGUCGAUGGAGACAUGGAGCUGCAAUCUCUGACCGUCCUCGGAGGGGGCAUGAUGGGAGGCGGGGGAAUGCCAGCACAGCCUCACCCUCCAAUGGGAAUGCCGGGCAUGAAUCCAGCCUACCCAAACCUUCCUAUGAUGAUGGCUCCGGUUUCCUACAAUCCGCAAGUGCCCUAUAGAGGUAACUUCUCCGGAGGACUGGGCUCAAAGAGGACAGUGGUGGUCAGAGGAUUUAUCCCACAAAAUGCCAAAGGCUUCCGGAUCAAUUUCAAAGCCGGCAAUGAUAUAAUCCUACACAUUAACCCUCGCUUGGAUGAGCGGUGUGUUGUGCGGAACAGCUGCCUGAAUGGGGCCUGGGGCCGUGAAGAGCGAGAGCUGUCUUCCAACCCCUUUCAGCCUGGACAGUACUUUGAUAUCUCCAUCCGCUGCGGGAACGAGCGCUUCAAGGUCUUUGUCAAUGACCAGCCGCUCUUCAACUUUGCCCACCGUUUCCGCAACUUCCAGCAAAUCGAUACCCUGGACAUCGACGGUGACGUGGUCCUCUCUUAUGUCCAGUACUGAGCCAAGAAGGGGACGGGAAGCAGAGACCUUCUCUGGGCCCUGAUGGGAGAAAGAUACCAUAAAUGGCAGUUUCAGUAAAGCAUUUU